AAGUAAAAGCUUAAGGAAGGGGUCAGAGAAGAAAACUGUUUCCGUUUCCGUACAGACGCGAAGAAACAAACACCAUGGCGAAAGCCGGGGAUAAGAGCAGCGGCAGUGCGAAGAAAAGCCUGAAACGGAAAGCCGCAACCGAGGAACCUCAGGAGGCUGCAGUCGUUGGGGAUGAGGCGACAGAAAGCGGGGUCAAGCCACCGAAAGCGGCUGCCUUUCCCCCAGGCUUCAGCAUUUCCGAGAUUAAGAACAAACAGCGGCGACACUUAAUGUUCACGCGGUGGAAAGAGCAGCAGCGGAAGGAAAAGUUGGCCGCUAAGAAAAAACUUAAAAAAGAGAGAGAGGCUCUUGGUGAUAAGGCUCCACCAAAGCCUAUACCCAAGACCAUUGACAACCAGCGAGUGUAUGAUGAAACCACAGUAGACCCUAAUGAUGAAGAGGUUGCUUAUGAUGAAGCUACAGAUGAAUUUGCUUCUUACUUCAACAGACAAACUUCUCCCAAGAUUCUCAUCACAACAUCAGAUAGACCUCAUGGGAGAACAGUACGACUCUGUGAACAGCUCUCCACAGUUAUACCAAACUCACAUGUUUAUUACAGAAGAGGACUGGCUUUGAAAAAAAUUAUUCCACAGUGCAUCUCAAGAGAUUUCACAGAUCUGAUUGUUAUUAAUGAAGAUCGUAAAACACCAAAUGGACUUCUUUUGAGUCACUUGCCAAAUGGUCCAACUGCUCAUUUUAAAAUGAGCAGUGUUCGGCUUCGUAAAGAAAUUAAGAGAAGAGGCAAGGACCCCACAGAACAUGUACCUGAAAUAAUUCUGAAUAACUUUACAACACGGCUAGGUCAUUCGGUUGGACGUAUGUUUGCGUCUCUCUUUCCCCAUAACCCUCAGUUUAUUGGAAGGCAGGUCGCCACAUUCCACAAUCAGCGGGAUUAUAUCUUCUUCAGAUUUCACAGGUACAUUUUCAAGAGUGAAAAAAAAGUGGGAAUUCAGGAACUUGGACCACGUUUUACGUUAAAAUUAAGAUCUCUUCAGAAAGGAACCUUUGAUUCUAAAUAUGGAGAGUAUGAAUGGGUCCAUAAGCCCCGUGAAAUGGAUACAAGUAGAAGAAAAUUCCAUUUAUAAAGUACUGAGGGAUUAAUACUGGAUUUUGCUGAACAGACCUAUCUUGAACUUGGUAAAUUAUUUGUGAGAGAAUACCCUUUUCAAAAUGGCAUUUACCUGUUUUCAUUAAUCUUCCAUGUUUAGACAAAUUUCCAAGUGCCAUGAAUUGCCACUGUAUGUUUAUGUAGCAAAUACAAAUAAAAGUCAUUUUGAUGAGAGUUUAGAAGUUGCAA